AUCUGCUCCUCCGCCACAAUCACUAACAUCUUCCAUCUCUCGCUCGAAUUGUCAGUGCCAGCAUCUCGUGUUAUUACCUUCCAAGUCCUCCUUCCGAAUCUGCGACAUCUGCCAUCUGCCGACAGUAGUUUGUUGUUUGCUCAACUUAUCAGGCUGUCUUCCCACUCACCCAGUCCUCGACACCAGGGCGGAAGGAUCUUGUUCGAUAUCAGAACCUUGAUUCAAGUCGAAUCAGCCCGAGAUCAGCCCUACGUCCCGCAUCACCAUUGCCCUGACCGCCUUUGCUGCUGCUAAAGCCUCUGCGCCCUCUUCGUCACAUUGCGACCAGUCACAAACCUCCAGGGCCUGUUCAACUCGACACAACUGGCUGGUGCCACUGAUGCGGUAGUCCUUCUCGACUGUUCCUCCUUCCUUCUAGCGCUACUGACGUCCUCGAUUGACGUCUCUAUUGAUAUCCUCUGACAUCUCGUCGCCGUUGAUUCGUAACAAGUCUCCACCAACUUGACAUCACAAGAGAUUUGCUGCGGCUCAUCUUUGCCUGUUUCAAGAGCAGAGCAGAGCAGAGCAGAACAAAGCACGUUUUGAAACCCGUUGCGCGACCUUCUACGGACCGAUUUUUACUUGCCUACUUUGCCAGAUUACACAGCCUCUCGACAGGCGAAGCAUCCGCUGGCCAUGCCCCGACGCCUCGACGAUUUGGCCCCUACUGAAUUGUUCCGCCCGAGGACACGAACAUAGGAGGGUACAUUCGCUCCGACAUCUUCUGUGGUCAUAUCCCGCCAAAAAUGUCUCCUGCAACAUCGCAUCUACCAACCCAUCCAAGACCUGGGCAGCACUCUCCUUCACAGUCUACAGCAGCAGUGCUUCGAGGGCGACAGGCGCAGAGUCAAUCCGGCGCUCCAUUCAUUAUCCCCAAGACUUAUGGUCACCACCGCAACGUGAGCGUGACAUCAAACCCCGCGCAAAUCCUCCAAGAACCAGCGCAUUACAACAGUGACGACAAUUCUCGAUAUCUAGACCAGUCGUCAAAUCUGCUCACGGCCACAAGUCCGGCUUCUUUCCAGCCAUCAACAGACAUCUACAAUUUUGAAGAAGAUACCUCACAUCACGACUCGUCCUUCGAUGAUCUCUUCUCGACAGAGGGCUCCUCCGAAAAUCAUCUAAGUGAAGAAACGACACCCCAGGAGUUUAUUUGGGAGCAACAGUUCCUGGCCCAUGACUCCGCCGAACUACAUAUCCUCGAUCCUUACUCUGCUGGUGCUUACGAUCCCACUCCGGGUGUCUCUCAAUCGUUGGGAACUCAAAGCAUUUUCCAGGCUGCAGAUGGGAAGCUCCCAAAAUCUGCUCCGGGUGAAGAGCUAAGAGGCCAGUCCUUGAACACCACCGCAACUCCUUUUUUCCAGCCGUUGAUGGCCAGUGAGGCUCUCAUCCAAGCUUCAAAUCAAAACAUGAAAGAUUCUCCCAUGUCAGCCGAUAAUCACAAGAGGUCAGGUUCUCAAAACCUCAGAGUGGACACCAACCCGCAGCCCACGCCAUCUCCAAGUAAUAAAGUGGACAAGUGGCAACGAACUACGUCGGGCAUGCGCGCUCCAAGCCCUGUCGUGAUGGUGUCGAGCUAUGAAGCUGCCGGCCCCGAGCACUCGACCCAAGCAAACAUCGUCCAGAGUUCCAGCAAGCGCAACCGUCAGAGCGCAAGCUCCGACGACGAAUCAGAUGGUGAAAACGGUGCAACUUCCGAGAUCAGAAAUGUCGACACAUUCCCAUAUCUGAUGCCGCCUGACGCCAAUGACACCAGCUUCUUGCAAAGGGUCGGCCAAGAGCCAGACAAAAGAACUGACGAUGUGAUUCUUUCGGUUAAGGAUCUCGAAGAACAGCGGCAGUUGGAGGAGAAGAAUGCCGAGGUGCAAACAUGGCUCGCAACAAGCGAUGCUGGCAGCGAGGCUGGAGAGGACUCCCAUGAACCAGUCUCCCACCGUCUGGCCCAAGGUAGCAGGCGCCGUGCCCACACCACUGGGGCGCCAUUUGAUGCUGUUGGCCGUGUGUACUCGGACAAGAACAUACCGGGACCUGGCGUGCUUGUUGAGGUCGACAGUGACGACGAGUAUUUCGAGGACGAGUCUAUUACAGAGCAGAUCAUCAACGACUAUCACCAGGCUGGCUCGCCUCGUAUGUCCCCCGAUGCUCUCGAAGCUCGAGAAUCAUCCGAAAACACCGCCUUCCCAACUUUGGAAGAGGAAAUUGCACCUGAACAGCAGGAACCUCUUCCUCAUCAAUUCUAUCGGCGGGGGCCCUGGCAAGACGCUGUCCGAGGUCCAGUCAGCAAUGCAAAAGAUCAACCAAGCACAUCAAAUGCCGCCGCUUAUAAAUUCAACCAGGAAGCGGCUAAAUGGGAGACUGCAUCAAGGGCCGCUACUUGGGGAACACGACGCCGACUCAGCGACAGCGAGAUCAACUCGAUCGUGGAAGGGAGCCAGGUGCGACAUCUCUCCCUUUCAAAGCGAGGCCGCGAGCGCGGUAGUAGUAUAUUGAACAAGGCUCGAGGUUUGUUGCCUCGUCGUAGUAGCAGCAACAUCAAGGCUGAGCCAUCCACCCCUAAUGGCUCCGCAGACAAAACUCAUACGCACCGAAGCUCUAUCGGUACUGUAAGACCUUCUCAGAGAAUGCCGAGCUUCAGCAAGCCAAUGUCACCACCGUCGGACACUGGCAGUGCUCUCAUGGCGAUGACUGGCCAACUUGCAGCUGUUGGGCGGGGCAGUACGGGAAAGCAGGACAACGAGCAGCCGAGACCUUCUCGAACGUCUCUGAAGAAGCAACGCAGCAAGAGUGAUGUGUCCAAGCAGGCAAAGUCUUCUACUCCAGGAUUAGCUGAGCUUAUGACAAGACAUGGGGGUCCGCCCGUUCCGACUCUGGCAUCUCCCAUGUUCGAACGAGAGUCGAUACUAGCUGCUCAAGUCAUCGACAACGAAGAUGCUCAAGCGGACGAUGAUGAAGACGACCAGACGGAUGAGGUUGCAAUCCGAAUGGACCUGACCAUACGGGCCGAGGACAUCGUGCCCACGGUCGAAGGAUUCAAAGACCAUGCUCGCAGAUUGAAUCCAAGACUCGAGCCAUACAUGAUUGACCGCAUUGGCCAAGAACAAAUCCGGAGAUACAAGAAGCUGGUUGAAUCCAAGAUCAAGCAUACUCGCUCUGUCCAGGUAACCAAGAAAUGCACUUCGGGGAAAUUCUGCUUUGAACUUGGUGGCGAGGCCACGCUGUUGGCGCCUCGUCCGAGUAGCAAAGACCCCGAGUCAACUCUGACUCAAUUUCAAAUCAACAACCCUACUGAUAACGACAUCGACGAAUCCGCGCUUGCUGAUGGUGUUGUUACACCUGCCUUGUUUCCUGCCGGCAUCCCUCUGCCGCCAGUCAAGCGGCUUCCUGCAGAAUUUGAAUGUCAGCUCUGCUUCAAAGUGAAGAAAUUUCAGAAGCCGUCGGAUUGGACCAAACAUGUGCACGAGGAUAUUCAGCCCUUCUCCUGCACCUUUCCCACCUGUCCAGAAUCGAAGUCCUUCAAACGAAAAGCCGACUGGGUACGCCAUGAGAACGAACGCCACCGUCAUCUGGAAUGGUGGAAAUGUAGCGUCGCCGAAUGUGUUCACGUAUGUUAUCGCAAGGACAAUUUCGUACAGCACCUCGUGAGAGAGCACAAGAUGACAGAACCGAAGAUCAAAGGCCGAGGCUCUGGUAGCAGCAAAAUGAAGCCCGCCAACCCUACAUUAUGGCAGGCUGGGCAAGAGGACCACGAAGUCUGGCGUCUGGUGGAGUUGUGCCAUCACGAGACUCAGAGCAAGCCUAGGGACGAACAAUGCCGGUUUUGCGGAAACGUCUGCUCGAGUUUCAAGAAGCUCUCGGUGCAUAUGGGCAAGCACAUGGAACAGAUCGCCAUGCCCGUCCUGGAACUGGUGCGCAUGCGUCAAGUGUCGGCUGAUACAAUCAUCAGUCCCGUUGAGCAGCCAAUAGCGAUGCCGUCCUCGUUUGCAACAUUCCCAGCAACUGUAAGCAACGUCGAUAUGAGCAACUUAUCGCCGUACCCUGCAAGCGCGGCUUCAGCCUACCAAACUUCCUCGGCAGGACAAUCGCCAGUGUCGAUGCAAAGUCGCAUGCAGAACGGAGGGUUCGAUUAUGAGCAGGGCUACUACAGUCCGCAUACAAUGCCAGCCGCGACGCAAGGUCAAACCCUUGGUGGUACGUACGGCGUUGCAGGAGCCUUUCCCCAGCAGGCCCGUGGGUACAUGGGCGGUGUGGAGUAUAUUCCACCGAGCGGCAUGUCAGGACAGCAUGAAUAUCACCUGUCUCCGCAAGGUCAGAUUGCAAUGCCUCGGUCGCAAUCCAUUGCAUCAAACUAUGGCAAUCCAGCUUUUGAAUCAGCGGGGGCCGACUACAGCCAGGCACCAAUGCAAUCAAUGUUUACCAACGCGCCGUCCAUGCCGGGCUAUCUGCCACAAUAUGGCCCAUCAAUGGUGCAUGGACCUUCGAACCGGUCACCAAUUGCAAUGAACGGUAGAGCAGGGCUUGGACUCAACGCCAUGGAUCAAGACUACGGAUAUGGUGUCCCAGGGAAUGGACAAGGGGCAGCGAACAUGCACUUCCCACCAGAACGGUGAUCCGAAGCGGUAGAGUUUGGUCAGGGGGUCAAGUGAGGCGAAUUUUGGGCCAGGCGCACCCAAUGUGAGAAGAGGGUGGUAGAAACAUUUCGGUGGAUCUCAAGUCGGAGGGACGGUUUUUUGACGAGGAGGUUACUUAUCGCUUGAUCACGUUUUGAUAUUUACGAUUGUAUAGAUGAUACCCAGGCUAAGCGACCUGGUGUAUGUCGCCAUGGUCAAGAUGAAUGACUGACAUUUACGAAU